GCCCCAUCCCCUCCCUUCCCUUCACGUGCACCCCGUGAAUGCAGGAGCUGCCGAAGCGCCGAGGCAUGGCUGAGGGGUGGCUGCGCUGCCUGCAGGCAGGAAAGGACGGAGGGCCGGAGGGCAGCGUGGGGGACUCGGACGACCUGGACGACAGCCUGACCAGCCUCAUGUGGCUGCAGGACUUCUCGAUCAGCGCCUGCAUGGGCAAGUCCUCCUGCUGCCCCAGUGACCCGGACCCCCAGGACUGUCACAGCAUCCCCAGCUCUGCCGUGCCGUGCUCGCCCCUGGCCACCGACCCAGCACGCGUGGGCAUGCCCCACGCUCCUUGCAAGCCCAUCUCCUCCUCCACCUUGAGGACGGCGCACCACCCCAUGGCCGCACACCCUCAGCUCGCGCAGGACAUCGACUACAAGACCAACCCACACAUCAAGCCACCCUACUCCUACACCACCCUCAUCUGCAUGGCGAUGGAAGCCAGCCAGAAGCCCAAAAUCACCCUCUCCGCCAUCUACAAGUGGAUUACUGACACCUUCUGCUACUUCCGACACGCCGAUCCCAACUGGCAGAACUCCAUCCGACACAACCUGUCCUUGAACAAGGGCUUCAUCAAGGUGCCCCGGGAGAAGGGCGAGCGAGGGAAAGGUGGGUUUUGGAAGCUUGACCCCCAAUACGCCGACCGGCUCAAGAGUGGUGCCUUCAAAAAGUGGAGGAUGCCCCCGGUGCAGAUCCACCCGGCCGUCACCGACAGAGCCCAGCAAGAAGCACAGAGCGUUGCCAGCCCGGCCACUUCAGCUUGCGCCUCCAGUAACAGCCUCAACGUCAGCGUGGAGUUACAGCAGCUGCUGAAGGAGUUUGAAGAAGUCACCGGUGACCAGACCUGGAACCCAGCGGAUGGCAAAGCAGGGCACAAGCGCAAGCAGCCCUUGCCCGAGCAAACGGCCAAGGCGCCUCGGCUUUCCAACUCUGCCUUGCUGACCCAGGAAGAGCAGACUGAGCUGGCAACACUGAAAGGCAGCCUUGACUGGGAAGCCAUCCUCAACACCACCCUGAAUGGAGACGUCUCCACUUUUGGGGACCUGGAGCUCACGCCUCCCAUCAGCCCCAUAACACGCGACCUGGACUUGAUGCUACAUGGGCACCACAUCGCCUCUCCCCAGGGGCAGGAGCACGUCCUCACCGAAGCCAACCACGACGACCUGGACUUUGAUGAAACCUUCAUGGCCGCGGCCUUCCUGCAGCACCCCUGGCACCAAGGGACAAACGAUUACCUCUCCAACUCCGGCAACGUGGAGGAGGUGUUUGAACUCAGCGACGGCUCUUUGCCAGCAGAUGUGAGCGACUGGAGCAGUCUGGCGUCCCUCUUAUAA